AUGAAACUUGCUUAUAAAGACUGCCAGAGAAACACAACAGGACAGCAUUGCGAGCAAUGUCUGGAUGGCUUCAUCGGUGACGUUGUCAGCGGAGUGCCCACGUUCUGCCAGCCCUGCCCCUGCCCCCUGCCAGCACUUGCCAACUUUGCAGUCUCCUGUUACAGAAAAAGUGGAAGUGUGCGCUGUGUCUGUAAGGAAAACUAUGCAGGACCCAACUGUGAAAGGUGUGCCCCCGGUUACUAUGGGAACCCUUUGCUAAUUGGAAGCACUUGUAAAAAAUGUGACUGCAGUGGCAACUCAGACCCAAACCUGAUUUUUGAAGACUGUGAUGAAGUGACCGGCCAGUGCCGCAACUGCCUGCGCAACACCACCGGGUUCAAGUGCGAACGAUGCGCUCCGGGUUACUACGGGGAUGCCAGAUUCGCUAAAAACUGUACAGAAUGUAACUGUGGAGGGAGAAUGUGUGACAGCCAGACUGGAGAAUGCCUCGCUGACAGUCCUGAAGUUUCUACUGGCACAGACUGCCCAACCAUCAGCUGCGAUAAAUGUAUUUGGGAUUUGACAGAUGACAUCCGAUUAGCAGUUCUGGCUAUCGAUGAAAGCAAGUCAACUUUACUGAGCAUUUCUACAGGUGUUGCAGCUCAAAAGCGCUUGAAUGACCUGAACCUCACUGCCACCCAUCUCCAGGAGGCAAUGUCCAAAAAAAAGAAUCAUGCUGUGCUCUGGACCAUCCAGGUCGAUGAUACUGCAGACGAAAUGAAUGAUCUCGUGAGAGAGGCAGCAACACUUGAUGAACAGGGAAAUGAAGCAUCCAGCAAAGGCCUACUGGUACAGAAGGAAACCAUGGCGACCAACAACCGUGCUACUCAGCUUGUGCAGCAGCUCAGUAAUAUGAGGGAUAACAUUCAAGAAAUCAGCAGCAAGAUGAAAUACUAUGCAAUUCAACAAGAGCUGAGCCCUGAAGAAAUCGCCCAGAAGCUGAGUGUGGCUGAGGAGAUGCUGAAGGAGAUCAAACGCCGUAAGCCUUUCACUAAUCAGAGGCAACUUGCAGAUGAGGAGGAAAACGCAGCGGAGGAGUCGCUACAGCAAGUUGAAGAGUUUCACAAGAGGUACAAUGACACCAGAUCUCUAGUAUCUGAUGUGCUGGAGCAGCUCAGCGAACAGGAUGUGAAGCUGUCAGACCUGGAGGAGGCCUUAGACCAGGCAUUUCACUAUGUUAUACAAACGGAGGAUAUAAAUAAGGAAAACACAGUCAAUCUGCAAAGGCGUGAG